CUUGGGAGGAAGCUGUACGCUGACGAGGUGCAUGAUGACUUGCAUGGGAUGUCGAACCAAUUCACUGCUACACCGACUAUCAAUAAAUACGCUCGCUCCGUGGAGUCCACUAUUGAUCUUCAUCAACUGCCUCCUAUGGUUGGUUGAAGAUACUUCUUCAGAUCACAAAGGAUAA